AUGGAGGUUCAAUUGUUUGCUCGUCUUUUGGCCUCCGCUAGUGUGCUGGUUGCAACCUGCCAUGCUGUUGCCGCAUCCUGCGCUUCAUGGUCGACUCGGUAUCAGCAGGACAUUGAAGGAAUUUGUGUCUGCAACGCUACCAGUUGCGACUCCGUGUCGACCGAGUACAUGUCGUUAAGCAGAAAUCAAGUUGGGCUCUUCCAAACGUCUAAAGCCGGUGACCGUCUAGCAUAUUCGACAUUAGAAAUCAAUGACACCAGUGACGACGACGACGCCGAACUCAUCAUUGACUCUACCACGACGUACCAAAACAUCAUUGGGUUUGGAGGUGCUUUCACGGAUUCAGCAGCUAUCAACGUUUACUUGAUGGACAUGAAUGUUCAGCAGCUUAUCGUGGACGCAUAUUUUUCUGACACUGGGCUUCAGUACUCGUUGGGUCGUAUCCCUAUUGCUUCUACCGACUUCUCCGAGUAUGUGUAUUCGUAUAAUCCUUCUAUUGACGACUUUGCAAUGACUAAUUUCAGCAUCGCCGUGGACAAGUAUCCACUCUCAAACAAGUUGAAUCUAAUCCAGCGGGCACUAAAUGAGACCGCUGUAGCCCGUCGCAACCUCACCUUUUAUGCUUCUUCAUGGGCACCGCCUCUGUGGAUGACAAAUGGUAACACAACGCUCAAUUGCGAAAUGAAGGGCUACCCUGGCAGCAAAUAUUGGAAGGCACUGGCUCUAUAUUACUCGAAAUUUAUCAGUGCGUACGAAGCGGAAGGUGUUCCAAUUUGGGGCAUGACAACGCAGAACGAGCCAACAAAACAAGAACUUGCCAGUAAGUUCUGGCAAAGUCUUCGAUUCAACUUGACAACUGAACGCGACUUUAUCAAAAGAGACCUUGGUCCCAUGAUGAAAAAGAACCACCCGGACUUGAAAUUUAUCAUCCUGGACGAUCAAAAAGAUUUGUUGCUGGACUGGAACGCCUCGCUGCUGGAUGAGACAGCACGGAGCUAUGUUUCAGGCGCUGCGGUCCACUGGUACAAGAAUCUAGAUUUUGCCUUUGGUGCAUCCGGUGAUUUCGAUGCCUUGGUUACGUUUCACGAAAAAUACCCCGACAUCUUCCUACUCGCGACGGAAGCGUGUGAAGGCUCGCUGGUUGAAGGGCUUGGCACAGGAGUAGGAACAAACUUGUUCGAUUACAAAAAUAUCACUUGGCAGCGCGGCGAGAACUAUGCACGCGACAUCAUCAAUGACCUGGUUAGCUUUGCCAGUGGCUGGACAGACUGGAACCUUGUUCUUAACACGAAGGGCGGUCCUAAUUGGGCGGAUAAUCAAGUUGACGCGCCAAUCCUUGUGGAUGAAGAAGGCGGUCAGGAGAUUUACAAACAGCCCAUGUACUACAUCAUAGGCCACUUUUCUAAGUUUAUCAUCCCGGGAUCUUUUCAAAUUCAGGUAAAUAUAAGCAGAGAUACCAGUUUGGAUAAUGUAGAUCGUGUUGCGUUCCUGACCCCAGAGGACCAAGUAGUUGUUGUGCUUUUAAAUCGCGACAACACCGAAAAGAGCAUUCGCUUAGUUCUUCUUACUGAAGCGUGCUCCGUGACAACAUUGCUUCCGGCAAAGACGAUGCAAACUCUUCUCUUUCCAAAGUUCCGCAGCAAGUCGAGUAAGAGCAGCGCCGCAAAUGCACUGGCCGUUCAUUUAGUCAGCAUAGUGCUGCUGACUAUCGGUCAGCUACUAGCUAUGCAACCAUAA